AGAUGGAGGUUGAUAUUCUGACAUGUAACUUCUUUUCGGUGCCGCUAAAACUGUGUCGUUGAGACAUUCUUAAAAGGUUCUGGUUUCUAGAGAGUAGAUUGAAACUUAGAAGAAUAUUACUAAAUUUGCAUGUUUCUUCUUCUUUAAUGGAGGGAUUAAUUAGGUAAGGAGGUGGCUAAAGCUUUUCAAGGUUCCAUGUGGGAGCUAAAAGUGGCGAACAAAGAGGAGAAAAUUGAUAUAAAAAAGAGAGAGAAGGUGGUGGUGCUGGAGAGCGGCUGCAAAACCAAACUAUACCAUUAUGCUUCCCGACUCGAGUAGGGAAAGAGAGAUGUCAAUUAUGGUGACUGCUUUGACACUUGUAGUGGCUGGAAAUGUACCUGCAGAUGAUUCGGAUUCCUCAACAGCAUUUUCAAAUAAUCAUGGAGACUUUAUUCAUGGUGGUUUGUCGGCGAAGAGAGAAAGGGAGGAAGAGGGUGGUUGCAGUGAAGAGAAUGAAAGGCUCUGUAGAGCAUUUGCUGAUGACUUCUUACAUGGGGACUCGUCCACUGCUGGGAGAGCUACAGGAAUUUCCGUCGUCACUACAAGCACCGUAACACCGGCAUCUACACAGAUGACAUUCACUCCAGUAUAUGAACACAAUGAAACCCGCAGAGACGAGCCACAGAGAAAAUAUAGGGGAGUGAGGCAAAGGCCAUGGGGCAAGUGGGCUGCUGAAAUAAGAGAUCCAAUGAAGGCAGCUAGAGUUUGGUUAGGCACUUUUGAUACACCUGAGGCUGCAGCUAGAGCCUACGAUGAAGCUGCUCUGAGAUUUCGAGGCAGCAAAGCCAAGCUCAACUUCCCAGAAAACGUCAAGCUUCGACCAUCUCCUCCCCCCAGUCCAACAGCAAACCAGUUGACUGUCUCUGAUUCUCCAAGUUCCGGCCUUUUAUAUCUUUCUACAUCCUCUGAGUUCAUGCUUCACUCCCAAGCUCUUCACCAUACGCAAAACCGUGAGAUUUCAAGAGAGCAAGUUAGCCAACCUCAAUUGAUCUUGGGUGUUGGUGGUUAUGAAAAGCAACCCGUGAGUCUACACGACCAAAUGUUUUUGUCAUCUUCGUUUGCUUCUUCUAAUUCUUCAUCAUCCUCCACAAAACCUUCCGAUCGUAUGCCUUUUCCGGCUCAGAAACCAGGUGAGUUUAGGCCUGCCACUAGUAGUCAGAGUGGCGGAAACGAUUGUCAGUUGCCGGCCUGGUCAGGUUAUAGCCAUUAUAACUCCUCUUCGAGAUGAUCCGUACACCACAACUCUUAUUCUUCU